CUGAUAUACAUAUAUUGUUGAAUUUUAAUAAUUUAUUGAAUACAUCUAAAAAAUUUUCGUGCUGUUCCCUAAACUAACUAAUGCAGCCACGUAAGAAACCCGGUCCAAAGUCGCGCAAAGCCAUUAAUUCUGCAAAUAAAAAAGUUACAGAUGCCAGCAAGCUACCAUUUGCCGAUUUGGGCGAGACGGACACCAGCUGCUCUGAGGGAAGUUUAGUAGCGUCAGAUGAUCGCGAGUUUCACUCGCCGUCCCGUAAUAAUGCUGAUACUGAUUAUGGUUUGGAAUUUACAGCUAGCGGUAGUGGGUAUUUUCCGAAUGUGUCUAAACAACAACGUCCAGAUGGAAUUGCCUCAAAUUUGGGCAAGAAAAAUGAGAACUGCUCAGGGGCAAUUACUCAACGAGAAGAAUCAUCAACUACACAAGUUGCUCCUACUCCACGAAAGCCGCUAGAGGGACCAGAAAAUCUGCUUGGUGCCCAAACUACGUCUGUAUCCCGUAAAAAGACGACUCGUAAAAGCAAGAGCCAGUUUAAGGCCUUGAAAGAUUACCAAAAGUUAGCAUUACGCGUGGAUUUUAUGAUACCUCGUGCAGCGUUUGCGCGCGUUGUACGCGAAAUUAUGAUGAGCAUAGAUACUGAUGUGAGAUACAUAACAGCAACUGCGUUAGAGGCUCUGCAAGUCGCCACCGAAGCUUACGUUGAAGGGCGCUUGGAGGAUGCAAAUCUACUGGCUUUGCAUUCACGUAGAGUUACGUUAAUGGCGAAAGAUAUGGAGCUUGUAAACUUUUUACGAAAUAAUAUUCGAUAGGAGGGCAAAUUUUGUUGAGCGUUUUUUUUUUUUGUAUAAUUAAGCUAAUUUUAAAAUUUGUUUCAUGCCUGUUAUCAUUUUUAGAAAAAUAUAGAUUAUACAUUUAUGUGCAACUAUUAAAACCUUAAAUUUGAAA